GCGUUUUCUAAACAGAGACAGACAUUUCGAUGAAGACAGUCCAGGGUCAGAAGAUGUGGCGACUGUAACUGAAUCUGGAGCCAGACACACGGAUUGGACAUGCCCAGGUUGUUCUACCAUGGACACAGACAUGAUACCAACAUUCACUUCAAAAGACCAGGAGAUUGACUACUGGAAGGCCUUAUCCCUCAAGUAUAAGAACAGUUACCACGAGGCCCAGGAGGAGCUGCUGGAGUUCCAGGAAGGGAGCCGAGAGCUGGAGGCAGAGUUAGAGGCCCAGCUAGGACAGGCUGAACACCGCCUCAGAGACCUGCACACAGAGAACCAAAGACUGAAGAGCGAGUUGGACAACCUCAAGGAGAAGCUGGAGCAGCAGUAUUCUCAGAGCUAUAAGCAGGUCUCCAUGUUAGAGGAUGACCUGGGACAGACCAGAGGAAUCAAGGAACAGCUUCAUAAAUAUGUCAGAGAACUGGAGCAGGCCAACGACGACCUGGAGAGAGCCAAGAGGGCGACCAUCGUAUCUCUGGAGGACUUUGAGGGUCGUCUGAACCAGGCCAUAGAGAGGAAUGCCUUCCUGGAGAGUGAGCUGGAUGAGAAGGAGUCCCUACUGGUCUCAGUACAGCGACUAAAGGAUGAAGCCAGAGACCUGAGACAGGAGAUGGUGGUGAGGGAGAGGACUGCAGACAGGAUGUCAGCCCCCAGCUCUCCUACCUUGGACGUGGACAAGAUGGACUCUGCUGUCCAGGCCUCCCUGUCCCUGCCAGUCACCCCUGUAGGGAGGGGCAUGGAACACCCGUUCAUCACCCCGAAAUCAUCAGUGUUAACAAAUGGCUGUGGGCCUGGCGGCUCACCUCUGACCCCAUCAGCAAGAAUCUCUGCUCUUAAUAUCGUUGGGGACCUUCUGAGAAAAGUGGGGGCGCUGGAGUCCAAGCUAGCUGCAUGUAGGAACUUUGCCAAGGACCAGGCGGUGAGGAAAACCUACUCCACGUCGUCCACCAACAUGAUCACUGGGAACGGAAACCUCAUCAACAGCAACGCCACCAAGUUCUCCCACUCACUCCACACCACCUACUACGACAAGACGGCUGUGAAUGGACUGGACCCCAGCACCCUGAGUGCCCUGGCGUCGCCCCGGACUGUCUCCCCUCCUGGCAUGCUGCCUCUCACCGUUUAGCAUGGCCCCCACCUCUGUACAAGCUCCCCGCAGAACAAGGUUACCCUCAUCCUUCACCCCAAACCCUCCCCCCACACCAAAUCUCUGUACAACUCCUGUACGCCCCGCAGAACACUGAGAGGAGAGAACACUUGAAGAACCGUUACUGUGUGUGUGUGUGUGUGUAGGAGAGACACUUGACUGAAUGAUUGAAAAGGCCUCACCUCACCUAUGAGUGGGUGGGGUUGGAUGCUGGGUGUGUUUGUGUGUAUUUAACAUACAGGCACAUGCCUCUGCCGGAGCUGUUCUUUGCUCAUGUGGAUGAUGUGUUGGUGACCUCUGUGCUCUGGAGUGUCUCCAUUUUGGCUCCAUCAGUUUAUCAGUUACACUCUAUAACAGCUAUAUAACAGCAACUGUACCUGACAAAGGUCCCCAACGGACUGCAGCUUCCUUCCUCGUAACCUUUUAUUUACUUCUCUGAAUGAAUUGCACAAUUACAAAUAAUUUAUAUUUACAAUGUCGUAUUUAAAAAAAAAAAAAAAUGAAAGGGGACUUUUUGCAAAGUGAGAUGAUUUCAUCAUUACUGUAUGUAUGCUUUAUGAUGCAAUAUCUCCUGUUUGUGUUUUAUGUUAUGGGGUCAGAUGGAGUUGAUGACCCUUAACCUCUAUGUACCGAAGAAUGACUGAAUUAAUGUUUACUGUGUUCAGGCUGUGAUCAGAACCAUGUUCCCUUAUUGGGCUGCAUCUCAAUAGCCCAGUUAAUAGCCUCAUCUCCUUCCUCUCAGUAGUCCGUUAAUAGCCUCAUCUCCUUCCUCUCAAUAGCCCAGUUAAUAGCCUCGUCUCCUUCCUCUCAAUAGCCCAGUUAAUAGCCUCGUCUCCUUCCUCUCAAUAGCCCAGUUAAUAGCCUCAUCUCCUUCCUCUCAAUAGCCCAGUUAAUAGCCUCAUCUCCUCAUCUGCUUCCUCUCAGUAGCCCAGUUAAUGGCCUCAUCUCCUCAUCUGCUUCCUCUCAAUAGCCCAGUUAAUAGCCUCAUCUCCUUCCUCUCAAUAGCCCAGUUAAUAGCCUCAUCUCCUUCCUCUCAGUAGUCCAGUUAAUAGCCUCAUCUCCUUCCUCUCAAUAGCCCAGUUAAUGGCCUCAUCUCCUCAUCUCCUUCCUCUCAGUAGCCCAGUUAAUAGCCUCAUCUCCUUCCUCUCAAUAGCCCAGUUAAUGGCCUCAUCUCCUCAUCUCCUUCCUCUCAGUAGCCCAGUUAAUAGCCUCAUCUCCUUCCUCUCAAUAGCCCAGUUAAUAGCCUCAUCUCCUUCCUCUCAAUAGCCCAGUUAAUGGCCUCAUCUCCUCAUCUCCUUCCUCUCAAUAGCCCAGUUAAUAGCAUCAUCUCCUUCCUCUCAGUAGCCCAGUUAAUAGCCUCAUCUCCUCAUCUCCUUCCUCUCAAUAGCCCAGUUAAUAGCCUCAUCUCCUUCCUCUCAAUAGCCCAGUUAAUGGCCUCAUCUCCUUCCUCUCAAUAGCCCAGUUAAUGGCCUCAUCUCCUCAUCUCCUUCCUCUCAAUAGCCCAGUUAAUAGCCUCAUCUCCUUCCUCUCAGUAGCCCAGUUAAUGGCCUCAUCUCCUCAUCUCCUUCCUCUCAGUAGCCCAGUUAAUAGCCUCAUCUCCUUCCUCUCAGUAGCCGGGUUAAUAGCCUCAUCUCCUUCCUCUCAAUAGCCCAGUUAAUAGCCUCAUCUCCUUCCUCUCAAUAGCCCAGUUAAUAGCCUCAUCUCCUCAUCUCCUUCCUCUCAAUAGCCCAGUUAAUAGCCUCAUCUCCUUCCUCUCAAUAGCCCAGUUAAUAGCCUCAUCUCCUUCCUCUCAGUAGCCGAGUUAAUAGCCUCAUCUCCUUCCUCUCAAUAGCCCAGUUAAUAGCCUCAUCUCCUACCUCUCAGUAGCCCAGUUAAUAGCCUCAUCUCCUUCCUCUCAGUAGCCCAGUUAAUAGCCUCAUCUCCUUCCUCUCAGUAGCCCAGUUAAUAGCCUCAUCUCCUUCCUCUCAAUAGCCCAGUUAAUAGCCUCAUCUCCUUCCUCUCAGUAGCCCAGUUAAUAGCCUCAUCUCCUACCUCUCAGUAGCCCAGUUAAUAGCCUCGUCUCCUUCCUCUCAGUAGCCCAGUUAAUAGCCUCGUCUCCUUCCUCUCAGUAGCCCAGUUAAUAGCCUCAUCUCCUUCCUCUCAAUAGCCCAGUUAAUGGCCUCAUCUCAUCUCCUUCCUCUCAAUAGCCGAGUUAAUAGCCUCAUCUCCUUCCUCUCAAUAGCCCAGUUAAUAGCCUCAUCUCCUACCUCUCAGUAGCCCAGUUAAUAGCCUCAUCUCCUUCCUCUCAGUAGCCCAGUUAAUAGCCUCAUCUCCUUCCUCUCAGUAGCCCAGUUAAUAGCCUCAUCUCCUUCCUCUCAGUAGCCGAGUUAAUAGCCUCAUCUCCUUCCUCUCAAUAGCCCAGUUAAUAGCCUCAUCUCCUUCCUCUCAGUAGCCCAGUUAAUAGCCUCAUCUCCUUCCUCUCAGUAGCCCAGUUAAUAGCCUCAUCUCCUCAUCUCCUUCCUCUCAGUAGCCCAGUUAAUAGCCUCAUCUCCUUCCUCUCAGUAGCCGGGUUAAUAGCCUCAUCUCCUUCCUCUCAAUAGCCGAGUUAAUAGCCUCAUCUCCUUCCUCUCAAUAGCCCAGUUAAUAUAUAUAAUAAUAUAAUAAUAUAAUAAUAUAAUAAUAUAAUAUAUAUAAUAAUAAUAAUAUCUCAUCUCCUCAUCUCCUUCCUCUCAAUAGCCGAGUUAAUAGCCUCGUCUCCUUCCUCUCAAUAGCCCAGUUAAUAGCCUCAUCUCCUUAUCUCCUUCCUCUCAAUAGCCCAGUUAAUAGCCUCAUCUCCUUCCUCUCAGUAGCCCAGUUAAUAGCCUCAUCUCCUCAUCUCUUUCCUCUCAAUAGCCCAGUUAAUAGCCUCAUCUCUUUCCUCUCAAUAGCCCAGUUAAUAGCCUCAUCUCCUUCCUCUCAGUAGCCGAGUUAAUAGCCUCAUCUCCUUCCUCUCAGUAGCCCAGUUAAUAGCCUCAUCUCCUUCCUCUCAAUAGCCCAGUUAAUAGCCUCAUCUCCUCAUCUCUUUCCUCUCAAUAGCCCAGUUAAUAGCCUCAUCUCCUUCCUCUCAAUAGCCCAGUUAAUAGCCUCAUCUCCUCAUCUCCUUCCUCUCAGUAGCCCAGUUAAUAGCCUCAUCUCAUCUCCUUCCUCUCAAUAGCCGAGUUAAUAGCCUCAUCUCCUUCCUCUCAGUAGCCCAGUUAAUGGCCUCAUCUCCUCAUCUCCUUCCUCUCAGUAGCCCAGUUAAUAGCCUCAUCUCCUUCCUCUCAGUAGCCCAGUUAAUAGCCUCAUCUCCUUCCUCUCAGUAGCCCAGUUAAUAGCCUCAUCUCUUUCCUCUCAAUAGCCCAGUUAAUAGCCUCAUCUCCUUCCUCUCAGUAGCCCAGUUAAUAGCCUCAUCUCCUUCCUCUCAGUAGCCCAGUUAAUAGCCUCAUCUCAUCAUCUCCUUCCUCUCAAUAGCCGAGUUAAUAGCCUCAUCUCCUUCCUCUCAGUAGCCCAGUUAAUAGCCUCAUCUCCUUCCUCUCAAUAGCCCAGUUAAUGGCCUCAUCUCCUCAUCUCCUUCCUCUCAAUAGCCCAGUUAAUAGCCUCAUCUCCUUCCUCUCAGUAGCCCAGUUAAUAGCCUCAUCUCCUCAUCUCCUUCCUCUCAAUAGCCCAGUUAAUAGCCUCAUCUCCUUCCUCUCAAUAGCCCAGUUAAUGGCCUCAUCUCCUUCCUCUCAAUAGCCCAGUUAAUGGCCUCAUCUCCUCAUCUCCUUCCUCUCAAUAGCCCAGUUAAUAGCCUCAUCUCCUUCCUCUCAGUAGCCCAGUUAAUGGCCUCAUCUCCUCAUCUCCUUCCUCUCAGUAGCCCAGUUAAUAGCCUCAUCUCCUUCCUCUCAGUAGCCGGGUUAAUAGCCUCAUCUCCUUCCUCUCAAUAGCCCAGUUAAUAGCCUCAUCUCCUUCCUCUCAAUAGCCCAGUUAAUAGCCUCAUCUCCUCAUCUCCUUCCUCUCAAUAGCCCAGUUAAUAGCCUCAUCUCCUUCCUCUCAAUAGCCCAGUUAAUAGCCUCAUCUCCUUCCUCUCAGUAGCCGAGUUAAUAGCCUCAUCUCCUUCCUCUCAAUAGCCCAGUUAAUAGCCUCAUCUCCUACCUCUCAGUAGCCCAGUUAAUAGCCUCAUCUCCUUCCUCUCAGUAGCCCAGUUAAUAGCCUCAUCUCCUUCCUCUCAGUAGCCCAGUUAAUAGCCUCAUCUCCUUCCUCUCAAUAGCCCAGUUAAUAGCCUCAUCUCCUUCCUCUCAGUAGCCCAGUUAAUAGCCUCAUCUCCUACCUCUCAGUAGCCCAGUUAAUAGCCUCGUCUCCUUCCUCUCAGUAGCCCAGUUAAUAGCCUCAUCUCCUUCCUCUCAAUAGCCCAGUUAAUGGCCUCAUCUCAUCUCCUUCCUCUCAAUAGCCGAGUUAAUAGCCUCAUCUCCUUCCUCUCAAUAGCCCAGUUAAUAGCCUCAUCUCCUUCCUCUCAGUAGCCCAGUUAAUAGCCUCAUCUCCUUCCUCUCAGUAGCCCAGUUAAUAGCCUCAUCUCCUUCCUCUCAGUAGCCGAGUUAAUAGCCUCAUCUCCUUCCUCUCAAUAGCCCAGUUAAUAGCCUCAUCUCCUUCCUCUCAGUAGCCCAGUUAAUAGCCUCAUCUCCUUCCUCUCAGUAGCCCAGUUAAUAGCCUCAUCUCCUUCCUCUCAAUAGCCCAGUUAAUAGCCUCAUCUCCUCAUCUCCUUCCUCUCAGUAGCCCAGUUAAUAGCCUCAUCUCCUUCCUCUCAGUAGCCCAGUUAAUAGCCUCAUCUCCUUCCUCUCAAUAGCCGAGUUAAUAGCCUCAUCUCCUUCCUCUCAAUAGCCCAGUUAAUAUAUAUAAUAAUAUAAUAAUAUAAUAAUAUAAUAUAUAUAAUAAUAAUAAUAUCUCAUCUCCUCAUCUCCUUCCUCUCAAUAGCCGAGUUAAUAGCCUCGUCUCCUUCCUCUCAAUAGCCCAGUUAAUAGCCUCAUCUCCUUAUCUCCUUCCUCUCAAUAGCCCAGUUAAUAGCCUCAUCUCCUUCCUCUCAGUAGCCCAGUUAAUAGCCUCAUCUCCUCAUCUCUUUCCUCUCAAUAGCCCAGUUAAUAGCCUCAUCUCUUUCCUCUCAAUAGCCCAGUUAAUAGCCUCAUCUCCUUCCUCUCAGUAGCCGAGUUAAUAGCCUCAUCUCCUUCCUCUCAGUAGCCCAGUUAAUAGCCUCAUCUCCUUCCUCUCAAUAGCCCAGUUAAUAGCCUCAUCUCCUCAUCUCUUUCCUCUCAAUAGCCCAGUUAAUAGCCUCAUCUCCUUCCUCUCAAUAGCCCAGUUAAUAGCCUCAUCUCCUCAUCUCCUUCCUCUCAGUAGCCCAGUUAAUAGCCUCAUCUCAUCUCCUUCCUCUCAAUAGCCGAGUUAAUAGCCUCAUCUCCUUCCUCUCAGUAGCCCAGUUAAUAGCCUCAUCUCCU